AUGUCGAUAAAUAAGGUCGUUUAUGCAUAUAAUUGCACAGUGAACAAUGCUACCGGGUUCUCGCCAUUCUUUUUACUAUACGGCCGCCCUCCACGGUUACCAAUAGAUCUGCUCUUCGGACUAUCACCUACCACGACCACUGGAAACCACACAGAGUAUGCGAAACGAUGGAAGGGAACAAUGAAAAAGCUUAUGCGAAGGCGAUGGCAAACAGCAGAAAACCUGCAGAAAUACGGAAGAAGCAUUACGACAAGAAGAUUCGUUGUGGUACGAAACCUCUCUGAACGUGGUGGGCCUGGGAAACUCCGGUCCCACUGGGAAGAUCAGAUUCACGUGGUGGUGGAAAGGAAAGGAGAAAUGCCAGUAUUCGUGGUUAAACCUGAGGGCCUAGCCACGAACAAAAAAAGAACUCUUCAUAGAAAUCUCCUCCUUCCUUGUGACUUCUUGUCCCCAGAUAAUUCAAUGGAUCUUACACCAGCGGUUAAACCUCAACGUUUAAGAAAUGAACGGAAGGCUCAAAAUAGUGGGGAAGGUGCGGAAUAUGACGAAUAUGAACGUGACAGUGAUGAUGAAGAAUUUUGCGGAUUUACUCUUUCCUUAUGAAGUGCAUGCUGACCAGCCUACAACAACAACAGAAAAUUUGGCCGAACCACUUGCGACAACUACGGAGACAUGUGAAGUACUGGAUGCUGGGUUACAGGAACAAUUCGAUGAUAAUCACGGUCAAGAUACCGAUGAACCAAUAAAAGAGCCAGCAACUCGUACAGACACUGCUGAGACCGGAGACCCAACAGGGGAAGCCGUGCUUCGACGGUCAGUUGGGACGCGACGGCCACCUAACAUGCUAAAUUACGAUGCAAUGGGUAAUCCGACAGAAUGUCCGCCUUACUUGUCAAGUGUACAGACG